UUAAAUGUCAUAACAUGUCCAAUCAAUCCCACCCAGUGAUUAGCUAAUCAAAAACUUAAAAUUUUUGGUUUUUAUUUACAUAAAUUAUGUGUUGAUUUUAUAUUGGAAGGGACAAAAAUAUUUAGCAAUGGCAUUGGAUUUAGUCAGUAUAGCACAACCACACUAUAUACCUGGAUACACAGGCCAUUGUCCAGAAUACAAGUAUCGAAUAGGGGACACAUAUGGCUCUACCACCCACAAGAUACUCCUGGACCCAAGUGUACAGCAUUCAGAGAGGCUUGUGCUGUCUGAUAGGACGGCUGACGAUUUUCAGAUAUUCCGCCCGCCUCAAACUGACAUCGACGUGGUCAACGCGAGGUUCCGAAAUGGGGAUCCAGUCUACAAACAUCCCAUGAUACCUGGGUAUGAAGGUUUUCUACCACGUCUAAACGCGCAAUACGGUCAGCGGUACACGGUCGCCGCGACAGAGGCCUUGUCAGAGUUCCAGAGAUUGCAGCUUAACCAGCGGGCAGCCAGACAUCAGCUGGAGAGGGUGGUGGAUCUCCAGGCAGGGAAGGGACAACCCUGGGAUCUGGUGGAUCGAUUUUCUGCAACUGCGGAAUUCAAGUUGCCCCUGCUUGUGGUAAGACCGGAAUGUGCGGGCAUACUGAGGGAUCUCCCAAUGGACGAGCCGAAGUUGUCGCCUGCAUCACACUCCGUUAGCCCUUACUUCAUGGAAAACGAUAAUCCUGAUAAAUUUAUCAAGAAAGGUUUUGCUGGUCAUGUUCCAUACGGGUUCCAACGCUUUGGCGACUCAUCCAAGAAACUCACUAAUUCUGCACUUUGUGACUUCUCUUCUAACUACCGAAGAAGACAGAGCACAGAAUGGGCACCAGUGAAUGUGGUCAAACCGGACCCGCCGAUGUCCAUCAACCCGACGGAGAUCUACCAUAAACACGUCGGCAUGCUGCCCAACUACGCGGGACACGUGCCUGGAUGCAUGUUUAGGUUUGGGAAAACUUACGGGAAUGACACUAGAGACGCCAAGCGCUGGUUGCGUGGAGACUUCACUUCGUGAAUGCGCAGAUUUCCAACUACCCACAAGGUUACAAUAGACGUGAUAAACAUUUCAGUGACGUGAUUUCGAUUUACAAAAUUGUUCUACAAAUUAAACACACAUCAAAUAA